AUGUCGUCAGGCGAAGAAAAUUCUUCAGAGAGUCCUACCAUGGAGUUCAGCAUUGAGGAAUCAAAGCCAAAUAUACAGCAUCCUGUUACAGCUCCAUUAGCAUCAAACAUCUCUUCAAACCCCCCGCCUUCACCGCCCCAAAUUCUGAGUUCUUCAAACUCACCACCACCAGUACUGCCGCAGCCACCUUCUACCAUUGCUUCACCACCAUUGCCACUUUCUAUCGUUACUGGACGACCACCACCACCACCCAGAUUUUCUAAUUACCACGAUGACGAUCAUUAUUUCAAUAGUUUCCCACCUGGAUAUAGAUUUAGUCCUCAUGAUGAUGAACUGGUGUUACAUUACUUGUCCAAGAAAGUGAGAGGACUGCCAUUGCCUAGGAACAGGAUUUUCGAAGUCACUCUUUAUCAACACGAUCCCGAGUUUCUUGCAGAUAGAUACAAGCAUUACGGUGAAAAAGAAUGGUAUUUCUUCACACGGAGGGACAGAAAGUACAAGAAUGGAACUAGACCAAAUCGAGCGGCCGGUGAUGGAUACUGGAAAGCCAGUGGAGCUGAUAAGCGUAUUACAUAUGAUAAGGCUGUGGUUGGAUUUAGAAAGGCACUUGUUUAUUAUACUGGAAAGGCACCAAGGGGUGACAAAACCAACUGGAUAAUGCAUGAGUUUAGAUUGAAUGAUCCACCUCCUCAAGUCAGAAAUCAUCGAGAUGACAUGAGGCUGGAUGACUGGGUUCUGUGCAGGAUUAUCAAGAAACAUGAGAUGCGUACUACUGUUAAUGCUAAUAUCAGAAAUCGACAAAGAAACGAGGACGAUUCUGCGGGGUCAAAUGAUGACAUUGAUGAAGUUUGA